AUGGUGUUUAAUUUAAAGGAUAAAGUUGCCAUCGUCACUGGGGGAGCUGAUGGUAUAGGUUUGGCUCUUGUAAAACAACUGCUAAAUCAAUAAAAUUAAGGGAAUAGUAAUUGCCGAUAUAAACGAAGAAAAUGGUAAAAUUAAAUCAAAAGAGCUUAGUGAUGAAUAUGGUUCUGAACGAGUAGUUUUUGUUAAAGUAGAUGUAGCAGAUUCGAAAACAUUUCAGAAUGCAUUCGAUAUGGCUCUAAAGCAUUUCAAAAAUGUCGAUAUUCUUGUUAAUAACGCAGGCGUUGGAAACGAUAGACAGUGGGAGAGGGAAGUUGACAUAAAUUUGAAGGGAACUAUAAAUGGCAUGGUCUUGGGAAUUGAAAACUAUUUAAAAAAUCACAAACAAGGGAAUGAAGCCGUAAUAAUGAACCUAUCAUCGGUUACUGUUCUACAACCUCUUCCUAUGUUUCCAGUAUACGUUGGAACGAAACAUGCAAUUGUUGGAUUAACGAGGAAUUGGGGUCAUCCCUUACAUUAUAAUCGAACCAGAGUUAGAGUUGUUGCUAUUUGUCCAGGAGUGACUGAUACUCCCGCUAUGAGGGCAGAUAUAUCGAAAUUGUGUUUUAAUGAAGAUUAUCAAUAUUUGCAACAACAGGUCAUUGAGAACUUCGCUGUUCAAAGUGCUGAUCAUGUUGCCAAUGAAGCCAUGAAAGUUCUAGAAAAAGCUGAAACUGGAACUGUGUGGGUGAUCGAAGACAGUAAACCAUUAUAUGAGUACAAAGCUCCAAACAGCGAAGAGUUUAAAAAGAAUACAUUAGUAUAGUAUACAUAGUAUAGGACAUAGAUAGGAUAGAAAGCAGCAUGUACUUGUAUCUCGUUGACCAAAAAGAAGUGGUAAAUGCAAUACAAUCUUUAAAACACAAAAAAUCUCCUGGCUGGAAUGGUAUCAAGACAGAAACCAUCAAACAAAUUAAGGAAUAAAUUAUUAGUCCUUUAACUUUUCUCAUUAAU